CAACGCAGCGGUUAAUAUUGUGGGACUACUUAACAUGGUAUCGCUCGCGGGGCGUUAUUCGGCUACACUCAAAUAUGGCUACCAUGGAGUGAGAGCUAUAACUUUAAUAUUUGUAUUAUUACUGAAAUUUAACGUUCUGCUUCAUUCUUCGUUAUACAGGCUCGUCUAAAUGUCGUAUAUGUGUUGUGUGCAUGGCUAACACGUAAACAAGGAAACCAAAUCGAUGUGUUUUGUGCUAAUAAAGUGUUGCUCGAAAUUUCAGCUGGCUAGGCGAGCUGGUCGAAUUCGUCGGGAUUGAAAACGAAAUCUGCUCUCGGUUUUUCCAUCGUUUGAGGAUAUUUUCGCAUCAUUUUACCGAAUGUGGCGAGGGAUCGGCGCCUGCCAUCGCCUCGCUGGAGCUCAGAUAGCGGUCGGUAUGGCUUGUUUUCGUUCGAGCCUCGCUGGAUGAGGGAUGUAACCCACAAGGAUUUGGCGAUGUGGGAUGAAGCGGAAUAAAGAAAAGUGAUCCGUUCAAACCGAAGGAAAGCGACCGCUUUCUGCUCAUGGAUUACGCAUCGUUAUUUUAUUGGAUAUAAAAGUGGAUUUGACCGGAAUACGCGUGCAAUAUCGCAGGAGACAUUGCUUUGUCACGUUGGCUUAUUUUCCAGAGGAAUAGUGGUCUGUUCCUCCCCAACCCCCCAGCGCCACAAACACUAAACAAAAGUACUGUAUGUCACAUAUAUGACGAUUCUUGUCAUGACGGAAAUAAGUCAAAAUUGCUAGGGUCGAAGAGAAUGUCUUCAGAGGAGAAAAGUCUGGAGCCCUCUGACAAAGGACCCUCGCCACCCCCUAGCAGCUCUGGGGCCACUCCCACUGGAAGUCCAGCCCCCACAGAUAAGCGGCCCCGUGGCCGCCCUCGCAAGGAAUCAUUAUCCACAACACCACCACUUCCGUCUGUGUCCCGACAGAGAAAGAAGAACCGUGGGCGAGGGAAAGCUGUGGUGGAGGAUGAAGACAGCACAGAUGGAAUGGAGACCGCAGAAACAGGAAGCACACAGGAAACAGUCACUAAAGGGCAGUCGGAGGAGAUGGAGGGCGCCACUGCCGUGGCAGUUCCAGGAGUGGGGGAGGAAGAGGAGCAGUCGUCAUCGCCUCUUCCUGCGUGCUGUGAGGCGGGGGCGGCACAAACAUCGUCAGCCUUUGGAGAAGCUAAAAGCAGCGAGCAGCUCUGUGCCUUCUGUUACUGCGGCGGUCGAAGCUUACUGGGGCAAGGGGAUCUGAAGCCAUUCAGGGUCACGCCCGGAAACGACCCUCCACUCCAACUACAAUCCUCAACAGACGAGGGCCACGACCACGAGGACAAGAGCAAUGCUAGCCAACCAGGAAGGCACAGGCGCCCAGAGAGUGUUGUUGCUGAAGACUCAAGUGGCAGGUUCUGGGACGAGCUCCACCAUGUCGGUCUGCCGGACGACAUUGACGUCCGAUCUCUCUUCGAUGAGUCGGGUCAGUGCUGGGCCCAUCAAAGUUGCGUGUCGUGGUCGAAUUUUGUGUGUCAAGCGGAGGAUCAAUCACUGCUAAAUGUGGACAAAGCCAUCCACUCAGGGAGCACAGAGCAUUGUGCAUAUUGUAAGCGCCUUGGAGCAUCCAUCAAGUGCUGUGAGGAGGGGUGUGAUCGCUCGUACCAUUACCCCUGUGCGGGGGCCACUGGCACCUUUCAGGACUUCAGGAGGCGUUCUGUCCUGUGCACAGAGCACAUUCAGCUGGCUGUCAGCAAAUAUGAAGAGGAAGCGAACUGUGUAUUGUGUGACAGCCCCGGGGAUCUCCUGGACCAGCUCUUUUGCACCAGCUGUGGAUUGCACUACCACGGCAUGUGUCUGGACAUCAGCGUCACUCCUCUGAAGAGGGCAGGCUGGCAGUGCCCAGAGUGUAAAGUCUGCCAGACAUGCAAGGAGCUGGGAGAAGAUACUAAGAUGCUUGUGUGUGAUAUGUGCGACAAAGGCUAUCACACCUACUGCUUACAGCCGGCUAUGGAUUCUAUUCCCACCAACGGCUGGAGGUGUAAGAACUGUCGGAUGUGUGUGCAGUGUGGCACACGGAGCAGUGAACAGUGGCACCACAACAGCCUGCUGUGCCAAAACUGUGCGGAUCAACAGGAUACCAGCCUCAGCUGCUUGUGUCCUGCUGAUGUAGAUCCUGACGUCCACAAAGAGCCACUUACUUGCCGUCACUGCAAAAGGCUGUUCCACCCAGAGUGUGAGCAACCAGUUGAAGGCCACGCACGUGCCCAGUCCAAAGGAGAUCAUUUAUGUUCUAUCUGUACAAACGCCGGACUUGAAUCAGAUUCUGCAUGCACGGCUGUAGAAGGAACCAAGGAAAAGAUACAGUCGUAUGUUGACGUUAAAGAAGAAGCACAGCCGAUUUCGGCAAAGGAAGAUCCUGAACCUGCCAAAGUUGAAGAAUCUCUCCAGCUUGGCAGUGAAAUGCAGAGUGAAGAGGUGAAAACAUCUGAGGAACAAGUGACUGAAAUUGGUGCAGAUGCUACCAGCGAUGCAGCCGAGCCAGAAUCCAGAACGGAACAGAAAAGCGCAGAAAAUGAAAGCACGUCAGUCACGUCUCCUCAGGAGACAACGCUUCCAGAGGAUUCAGAGUCACGUCAGCGGAAACUGGAUUCAGCUCCAGAGACGUCCACAGUCCAGCAGCUCAUGACAUCCACUGAAACAGAGAAACCUCCAGAGAUGUCAACUAAACUCUCUGAAAACAUCUCCCAGCAUGAGGAUGACAGCAAAUCCUGCCAGGAGGUGCUGAAAACUAACCAAUCACCCACCAAAGAGCCAACUCCAGCUUCCCAUGAGGAAGAACCCAUGGAGGUUUCUUUCACGGAGGAAGCUUCUACAAAGGCGCAUGGAGUUUGUGUAGACCCUGAGGUUACAGCUGCUAAGAUUUCAGUAGGAGUUCAAAAAGUCGAGGAAGAGAAAAUGGAGGUUGUGGUGCGGAAGCACGACACGAUUGCUGAGAUCCACGCGGAGGAGAUGGACAUUAACGGUGAUGAGCGAAGCUUGGCCAAGCUGAGCUCGCUGGUGGAGGAGAGGACGAUGUUCAAGCAAUCCCCGUGUAGACAACCUGAGGGUUUACCCUUAUUUAGUCAGGUGGGGUCUCAAUCCCAGCUCCUUCCUCAGAUCCAUGCUGGUCCAGCAGAAGCCAUCAGCAAUGUGCCUUCUUCAACCUUCAUACCACUCACUCCAAAAAUCGGCAUGGGCAAGCCAGCUAUCUCAAAGAGGAAGUUCUCACCAGGACGCCCCAGAGUAAAGCAGGGAGCAUGGAGCAUCUCUCGCAGACUGAGUUCCCCCUCAUGGUCCCUUGACCCGACUGAGGGCUGGGACGGGCCAAAGAGCAGGCAGCCCUACAGCUCGCCCGCCUGGAUAAUCCGUGUGGGCCGAGGUUCUAGCUUCCCUGGCAGGAGACGACCCAGGGGUUCUGGCGUCACAGGCAGGGGGGGCCGUGGCCGUGCCAGAAUGAAAAAUGGAGUCCCUCCUAUCCCAAUGCCAGGGGUAAGUGCCAUGGAAACAGUGUGCACGUUUAGGGAAGAGGAUGAAAACGCCAUGCACAACACGGUGGUGAUUUUCUCCAGCACAGACACAUUCACUAUAAAACAGGACAUGUGUGUGGUUUGUGGGAGUUUCGGGCAGGGUGUUGAGGGUCGACUCCUGGCCUGUGCUCAGUGUGGCCAGUGUUACCACCCCUUCUGCGUGAACAUAAAGAUCACUAAGGUGGUGUUGAGUAAAGGCUGGCGGUGUCUGGAGUGCACCGUGUGCGAGGCGUGCGGACAGGCCAGCGACCCCGGACGCCUGCUACUCUGUGACGACUGUGACAUCAGCUACCACACGUACUGCCUGGAUCCCCCUCUUCAAAAUGUGCCGAAUGGGAGCUGGAAAUGCAAAUGGUGUGUGUCCUGUACCCAGUGUGGUGCCACGUCUGCGGGUCUGAGGUGUGAGUGGCAGAAUAAUUACACUCAGUGUGCCCCCUGUGCCAGCUUGGCAACGUGCCCGUUGUGCCACCAGGACUACAGAGAGGAGGAGAUCAUCCUGCAGUGUAGACAGUGUGACAGGUGGGUGCACGCCUCGUGUCAGGGUGUCCACUCAGAGGAGGAAGUGGAGAAGAUUGCAGAGAGCAGCUUUGACUGCAGUCUGUGUCAAGGCCACACCCCCCUCUCUCCUGCACUUGGAACGCCGGCCAUAUCAGUUAAGGAGUUAAUGGAGCCUGUUCUUAUGCCACAGAGAAUACCAAAAGCAAGAGAUCAUCCUGGUACAGACCUCACGAGGACAUAUACACAAGACGGUGUUUGUCUCACAGAGUCGGGUUUGUCUCAACUUCAGAGUCUUGCAAACGCAGCCUCUCGACGGAGACGAUCGAAACCCAAACUCAAGCUGAAGAUCAUCAACCAGAACAGUGUGGCCGUGCUGCAGACGCCUCCAGACCCUCAGACCGAAGCCUCCAGAAAUGGGGACCUCGAGGAUAUCAAAACAUCAGCAGCAGACCGGGACAUGGUUGAUGGUGAAAUGAAAUCAGAUUCCAGUCCUGAAAGAGAAGGUACAGCAGAAGAUGACUCUAAAGACACAGAUCCCUGUAAGAAGAGGAAGAGAAAGCCCUACCGCCCAGGUAUUGGAGGGUUCAUGGUGAGACAGAGGAACCGAACAGGCCCUGGCAGAACCAAACCAGCUCUGUCCAGAAAGGACUCCACUGGCUCUGAGAACCUGCAAGGAAAAGAUGAAAGCUGGGGUGACCAAGGGCCUGACACUCCAAUUGACGAAAAACAUUGUUUGUCUGAUCUUCCUGACAAUCCUGAAGUUAAAAUACGGAAACGCUACAGGAAAAAGAAGACCAAACUGGAGGAGGCUUUUCCCACUUACCUACAGGAGGCCUUUUUCGGGAAAGACCUGUUGGACAAGAGCAAACAGAGCCGACAGGAAACCACACGGCUGCUGGAGGAUGAGCGAGACAGGAAGCAGCUAACGGCCAAUCAGAUGAAGCUUUUAUCAAACUCUUCGCUCUGUGCAUCAUCUGCUCCGCUGACCAGUAAAGCAAUAGCUGCACAGAACUCUGCGGAGCCUCUGGUAGAGAUGUCUGAAGUGCUGAAAUCAGACACAGAGCUGCUGGGAAUGUUUUCUGAUAAUAUUGGCAAGCAGACAGAACAGUCCGGUCUUGAUUUUUGCCCUUUCCAAGUUGACUACUCUCCUUCAUCAUUUGGUCUGGACAUUCCGCCUUUAUCAGACGAGGCAUCAGGCUCAUACCAGACUCAUCUUGGGCGAUCUCACCUGCGUCAGACGCCAGAGCCACUGGAUGGCAUUCUGAGCCCUGAGCUGGAUAAGAUGGUUACCGAUGAAUCCAUACUCGGCAGACUCUACAAAAUACCAGAGCUUGGCGGGAAGGAUGUGGAAGAUCUCUUCACAGCUGUCUUGAGCCCCAGCGUAAUGCCUCAACAGAUCCAGGGAGCUCAAAGCCUGCAUGGACCUGGUUUACAUCCCUCCCAACCUAACUCAGGUUUGUUGGGAGCAUUGGAUGAAUGUUAUGGAAUGGCCGCACGGAUACCAAUGAUGAAUGGUCUGAUGGAAACCAAACCGUUCUCACAGUCACAAAUGGGUCCUGGAGCGGGUCACGAUAUGGCUCGAAAUAUUCCCCCAAUGCAGCGCAUGCCUUUCCCAGACAAUCUAAGAGACAGGAAGUUUAAUCUGAUGGCACAAGAGACCGCAGGUCCAUGGUCUGCGACAGGUUCAUCUUCAGCCUCUGCUCCUAUUGCUUCACCUGAGAUGGAGGGAGACGCCAUGUCCACAGCACAGAAGAGCACUCUGAAGUGGGAGAAAGAAGAGACGCUGGGAGAGCUUGCCACUGUCGCACCUGUGCUCUACACUAAUGUCAACUUCCCAAACCUUAAAGAGGAAUAUCCAGACUGGUCAACACGUGUAAAGCAAAUUGCUAAACUAUGGAGGAAAGCAAGUUCACAGGACCGGGCUCCAUAUGUGCAAAAGGCCAGAGAUAACAGGGCAGCCCUACGUAUUAACAAAGUCCAAAUGUCCAACGAGACCAUUAAGCGGGAGCCGCCUCAGCCCCAGCAGCCUUUAGAAGAGUUUGAUCCUGCUAUUCCUCCACUGGACCCUGAGUUACUGUUCAAAGACCCACUGAAGCACAAGGAAUCAGAGCAUGAGCAAGAAUGGAAGUAUAGACAGUUUGACGGUAUGUUGCAGCAAAUGAGACAGAAAAGUAAGCAGCAAGCUAAGAUUGAAGCUACACAGAAACUUGAGCAAGUGAAGAAUGAACAACUUCAACAGCAGCAACAACAGCACCCGUCCCUCAACCAAUCUGAGGAUGACUCCCCUGGAAGCAUGAGAAGUCCAGUGUCUGUGCAUUCUAAUAAUGGAAACAUGUCUCCCAACCAGUCCAAUUCAAAGAAUGGGGGUAUAAAGACACAGAUGCCCGGCACGCCCACAUCAUCUUCGCCAGAAGACGUCUUUUUACGUCCUCAUCCUCCACCCCCCUCUUCUGGAUCUCAACCCCAGUCUCCUCAAAUGUUCUCUCCAAGCUCCUCUGGCUCGAGGCCAUCUUCACCCUGGGAUCCCUACAACAAAAUGGUGGGCACACCCCGACCACCUCCUUCUGGGCAGGUGACUCCACGUCGUAACUCUGAAUCAGGGAAAUCUCCUAGGGGUCUUUCAGAGCCUAUUGGUUCACCAUCAGCCAUAUGUAAUGAUCCAUAUGCCAAGCCCCCAGACACCCCGAGACCCGCAGGAAAUACAGACCCUUUUCUCAAGCCCAUGUGUCCUCCCAGAGCAACUCAGACAUCAGAUGGGAGACAUCUUAUUGGGUCUCCGGGCCAUGAUCCAUUCUCAAGGGUGUCUAUGAGAAAGGAAGCCUACCAGAGAAUGCCGCAGGGCAGGAUGAUACUCUCAGACCCCUAUGCUCGUCCAUUACUCACUCCUAUUCCAGGCAGUAAUGAAUCAGGUUCCAUUCAGGUCUUUAAAACCCCUAUGCCACCUCCUCAGGCUCAGGAACAAUUUGCAGGCAUGCAGGCACGGAGAGUUAGUGGGGAUUCUUUUGAAAGGCCAAUGAUGCCCCCUCGAUCUAUUGAGGGAUUCUCACAAAAUCAACUGAGUGAUCCAUACGCACAGCCUGCGCUCACUCCACGUCCCGCAGGAAGUGAAGGCUAUUCAAACCAAAGGGUUUCACGGCAUCCCCAAACCCUUCCGUUUUCUCAACCUGGGCCAAUUGUUAGACAGCCUCCUUGUAACCCAUACGCCCGUGCCCCCUCCACCCCUCGGCCAGAGUAUUCUCAAUGUGAUCCCUAUGGACAACAACCUGCCACACCAAGACCUUCAAAUGACCCUUUCGGUCAGUCACCAUUUUCUAACCCAUACGCUAGAAUGCCCGGCACACCGAGACCACAUGACCCUGAACCCUACUCUCAACAGCCUGUAUCUCGCCAUCCAGUCAUGAUGAAUCAACCCACCCUACAAUCUCAACAGCAGACUCAAAACAGCAUAAUUUCUCCCAUGUCCAUGGAUCCGUAUGCGCACCCCUCCGGCAUCACACGCUCUGGAAUGCCAGACAGGUUUCCCAAAUCUCCAAGUCACCAACGGAACCCUGAUCCUUUUAGCCAACCUGCAGGAUUUCAACGCUCCGUAGGACCUGAUCUUCACGCACAAGCAAUGGGAAGAUCUCAGUCAUUACCUAAUGAUUCAUGUGUACAUCCCCCACGCACACCUCACCCCGUAGUUUCCAGGCAGGCCAUGGGACUUGGGCCCAUGUCCAAUCAAGAUCCAUUCUCUCCUCCUCAAGUCUUGAUGCAAGACACUUUCGCCAGUCCAACAAAGCAUGGACCUCAGACCCUAAAACAUCUGGGUAUGACAGAUGAUUCUGUCUCUCACCCACUAUCCAAUCGCCCUAAUCAGACACCAAUUCAUGACCCCUUCGAGCAGGCACCCAUGAUUCAACAUCCUCAGUGUGCAGAAAAUAAAGGUUUGGUGCAAAGUAUGAAUUCACACACCAUAAGGCAGCCGGGCACUGAAGCACAGUCGGUACCACUUGCUGAGGCUGAGGAAAGACUUAGACAGCGUCAACGUAUUCGAGAGUUGAUCCUCAGACAACAGCAACAAAAAAGUGCCAUACGGCAAGAAAAGAAUGUACAAGAUCAUCCUUUGACCAUGCCUCCAGGGACACCUCAACACUGGAGUCAAGAGGCUACCAACCAGCAGGGUGAUAUUUUUAAUCGACCACCACCACCAUAUCCUGGUGCAGUAGCUGUUAGAGGUGCUCAGCUAUUCCACGGAACCUACCCUGGAGAUCAACAGGGGCAUUUUCCUGAAGGCCAGUUUUCUAGACUACAGUUUCCUGUGGAUACAGAUUCUACUAUAAGGCAGCCUGGGCCAGGGAUGGCUAUCAGUACUGGUGUCCAAGGAUCCUUGGGCGGUUUAAGGCCCCAUCAAAUGCAGGACCAGAUAAUGGAAGCUCAUCCACAGAUGAGAAGGUCCAUGUCCAUAGACUUGGGAAAAUCAAUGGGAGGCGAUCCCAUAGGAAAUCCCAAUUUACCUCCUCAUGGAAUGCAUGUGCAACAGCAUAACAUCAUGGGGCAGACUUUUAUAGAGCUUAGACACAGAGCGCCAGAUAACAGGCUUCGGCUUCCCUUUGGACUUCCUGUUAUGCAGGGAAACCGAAUGGAAUCUGCAUCACAACAACGACCCUCAGGUUUUAUGGGUGGCGAAGACAUGGGAUUCCCUUUCAAUCAGGUUCCAAAGCCAAUGGACACAACAAUGAAUCAGUCUCAGGUAGCCGUUACACAGAUGCAGGGCUCUUUGAGCAUGGGGAAUUUACAUCAAGCCAAUGUUCCAUUAAGGGCUGGAUAUCCGCAAAUCCCGCUCAUGAGGUCUAUAAGCCAACCUGCAUCCAAUGAGACUCUCAGUGCUCCUUUACUCACAAAUGUUGCUGCUGGACGAAAUGAUGAGGUUCCUCUACCCACAAAUGAAGGACCCGAGGAGAAAAUGGAUACAGAUGAAUCUGCUGUGAAGGACUUUGAAGAUGUUGAAGUGAAGGACCUUGUCGAUGCAGAUUUAGAGAACCUAAAUCUUGACCCGGAUGAUGGAAAAGACUUGGAUCUUGAAACAAAUGACUUGCAUCUUGAUGACUUUUUAACAUCUGGUAAAUUUGAUAUAAUUGCUUACGCCGAUGCUGAUUUAGAUCUCAGCGAGGACUUGGAUCUCAGUGACCCUAUGGAAGACCACACUGAAUUGUCAGAUGUCCAAAAGCCUAAAACAGAGAAAAAGACUGAAAGUUUUGUUGACACACCCUCAUCCUCCUGUUCUGUGUCAACGAUGAAGGGUGGCAUAGGUGUUGAUUCUAAGUCUCAAGGCCAAAAUAAAGAAGUUCCUCAGGAUCUAGGAUUGAUUUCUUUGAAAACCGAGGAGGAUAGUAAAACUGGGAUUAAAGAUUGUAUGUCCCAGCACACUUCUUGCAAGGAUCAAGUAAUUGAAAGUUCUAGUUUAGAGGUUGCAAAGACUGGAAUUCAUUCUGAUGCAACUCCAGUGCUCUCAAGUUUGCUGGUUAAUCUACCACCAGAAGGUGAAGCGCUGAAGCAAGAACAUUGCAGACAGUCAGUCACACAAAGCGACCCCAAAAAUCAGGAAGCUACAGUGCCACUCGGCAGCACUCUGCUGGCUCAAGGAAACUUCUCAGUGCAGGGGAUGGAGUCUGGUCUCAGUUUAGACCAAUCAUUGGUGUCUUCUCAUGGUGAAAGUUCAUUAGAAGUCCCUGGCUCUAUUCAGGAACAACCACAAAGCCAUAUUUUUGGUAUUGAUCAAAAGGAUGCUCUUCUCUCAGGGGAGCAACACAGUAUUCUUACUCAGCAGGAAAUGUUGUCUCAGCAAGGCCAUCAAAUCAGACCACUGCUUCUGGAAGAACAGCCUCUUCUUUUACAAGAUCUUCUGGAUCAGGAGAGGCAGGAGCAACAGCAGCAGAAGCAGAUGCAGGCUAUGAUAAGACAGCGCUCCAAUGAAUCAUUCUUCCCAAACAUAGAUUUUGAUUCUAUCACUGACCCGAUCAUGAAGGCAAAGAUGGUUGCGUUAAAAGGCAUCAAUAAAAUGAUGGUUCAGAACAACAUGGGAAUGUCUCCAAUGGCAGUGAACAGCGUCCUGACAGAGCAGGUACCACAAGGCCCUGAUGGAGCUGUACCUCCAGUACAGGAUAACAAAGUUGCUCCCCAUAUUGCACGACCCAAUCCUCCAAAUUUUGAAACAGGAUUUGUUCAUGACAACCAGAAGGUUCAGUAUGAGGACUGGCUCAGAGAAACCCAGCACCUGCUUCAGAUGCAACAAAAGUUCCUGGAGGAGCAGAUUGGGGCCCACAGAAAGUCAAAGAAGGCCUUGUCAGCUAAACAGAGGACUGCCAAGAAAGCAGGGCGUGAGUUUCCUGAAGAGGAUGCAGAGCAGCUGAAACAUGUGACAGAGCAGCAAGGGAUGGUACAGAAACAGCUGGAGCAGAUCCGCAAACAGCAGAAGGAGCAUGCAGAACUCAUAGAGGAAUACAGACUCAAACAGCAGCAACAGGGUGGCAUGCAGCCCCAAAUGAUCCCAGGGAUGCCACAAAUGCAGCCUCAAGCUGCCAUGACGCCAGUCGGAACCCCUAUAAACCAACCUAUAAUGAGUCCUUUGAUGCCUGUUCGGCUCCACCCUGGUCAGAUGGAUACACCUAAUGUUCCAAACGCCUCAGGAUGGCACCCUGGAGCUCCAGUUCCCAGCGGAGGACCUCAAAUGCCAGGAGUAAUGCCCUCUCAGGUAGUGCAGGCACAGGCUACGCCACAGCCAGUUGCUAGACCCAGUCAGGGGCAGACGGAUGGUGAGUCUCAUCAUGUGAAUUUUGAUGAUACCAACCCGUUCAGCGAAGGCUUCCAGGAACGUGAGCGUAAGGAGAGACUACGGGAGCAACAGGAAAGGCAAAGGGUACAGCUCAUGAAAGAGGUGGAAAGGCAGCGCCUGAAGCAAUGCAUGGAGAUGGAUCAACAGCAAGUCCCUAACUGCCAAGAUGGUAACAUGAGGGCCCUUUCCCAGAUGCCAUUUUAUAACCAGACCGAGCUUCCACCGGACUUCAUGCAGCCACCCAGAAUGCAACAGCAGAUGCAAGGGCCAGGGUUUCCACAGCAACAGGGCAUGCAGCCAGGGUUCAGCGGAGGGCCGUCAAGACCCAUUAUGGGUAAUGGCCCAUUCCAUCAGGAAAUGGGACCUGGAUUUGUUUCUGAGAACCUAGUACCACAUGGGCCUAACUUUGUCCAAAUGCAACCUAGGCCACAGAGGUAUCCUAGGCCAAAUAUGAUGCAUCAGAAUCCACCCCAAGGUCAUCCAUUUUCAAUGGAAGGACCCACACCUUUACCUCCAAAUUUCCCAGGUUCUGGUCCCUCGCUCAUACAGCUCUACUCCAAUAUCAUCCCAGAGGAGAAGGGCAAGAAGAAAAGAAACCGCAAGAAGAAGAAAGAUGAUGAUUGUGAGUCACUGAGAGCACCCUUGACACCUCACUCAGAUCUCACGGCCCCUUUAACACCCUGUGUAUCGGACACUUCAUCCACACCUACGAGAAACCCAAUAGUUUUCAGUGAGCAUGAGCUCUGUGAGACGUCUCAGCCCGGUUCAUCCACCCCGGGCUCAAUGUGCAGCCAGCCACCCUCAGAACUGGAGCGGCAGCUUUCAGAAGGCAGCUGUGGUGGAGGGGUGGAGAUGGGCCAUCAGGAAAUGCAUGACAGGAUUCUGUCCAACAUCAAGCUGGAGAAGGUCGAGGCAAGUGACUGCCAUGGACAUAAGGGAAUGGAGAUGGCCAUAGGAAUAGGUAUGGUGAAGGUGGAAGGAGACAGAGAAGGAAUGUUUUCUCAUUCUGCGAGCCAAAGCCCUGCCAACAGCUCUAAAGGAGAAGCUGGGAACGAACUCCUCAAACAUCUGCUAAAGAAUAAGAGAACUCCCCCUUAUGUCUUACCCCAUCAGAGGUCUGAAGACAGCCUGAGGUCCGAGGAAGAUGGAUCAUUGGACAGCAAAGCAUUGCUGAGGCAGAGCUCAAUGGACAGCACUGGGACAUUUUCAGAUUCAAACCACCCUGACUUUCCUGGACCAUUACUUUCGGAAGACAAGAAGAAGCAGAGGAACAAGAGGCUUCCCAAAAGCGGAGAUAGACCAGCCCCACGCUGUAAAAAGAGGAAAAAAGAGGAGGAUGAGAGUCAAGUGCUUUAUUCCUCUACUGAGCCAGUAAUGACCCAGUUAAAACAGCUCUCGCUCUUGCCGCUGAUGGAGCCUCUGGUGGGGGUGAACUUUGCCCACUUUAUGCCCUACGGAGGAGGACAGCUGGAUGGUGAAAGCCGUCUCUCGGGCACAUUUGGGAGCGCCACAUUGGACGGCGUUUCAGACUAUUACUCCCAACUGAUUCACAAGCAAAACAAUCUGAGUAAUCCCCCCACACCCCCUGCCUCUUUGCCCCCGACCCCUCCUCCGGUGGCACGGCAGAAACUGCUCAAUGGCUUUGCCACAACAGAAGAGCUUGGCGGCAAAGGUGGCGUCAUUGCUGGACAUGAUGUCACUAAAGGGCUGCUUUCCAGACCGCUGCAGAUUAAAGCUGAGGAGGAGCUUCUGGCCCGAGCACUGGCUCAGGGGCCUAAAACUGUGAAUGUGCCCGCUUCUCUUCCCACCCCACCACACAACAACCAGGAAGACCUCAGGAGCCAGGAACACUGUGAGGGCCGAGACACCCCAGACAGCUUUGUCCCCUCAUCCUCCCCGGAGAGUGUUGUUGGCAUGGAGAUCAGUCGCUAUCCUGAUCUGUCAUUGGUCAAAGAAGAACCUCCUUCUCCAGCUGUGUCUCCUGUAAUCCCAAUGUUUCCUGUAUUUAGAGGCAUAGGUUCAGAGAUUAGGUUACGAGAGGUCAAGACGGAGCCUUCAUCUAUGUUCUUCGGCUCUUCAUUCGGAUCGAUGCAGAAUGGUUCCAACACUGGGCUGGUAUCCAUUGCCAUCACACUAAAGCCAGCUGCUGCUGAGAACAUCACUGAUGUGGUAGCGGCCAUUGCAGACCUAAUCCGUGUCAAGAUUCCCAGCAGUUAUGAAGUCAGCAGUGGGCCGGGGAACAUGGGUGCCAUCAAGACCUCUGUGGAGCCAAAAUGCCCAGCUUCUGCUCUUCAACAGCCUAAUGGACCAGGACUCACACGCCUGGGACCUAAACAACAUCAGCUUCAGCAGAACUAUAACAAAAGUCCUGUUGAUGGUAGAGGGCAGUAUAAAAGUGGGCGGGGCAGCCCAGGGCCAAAGCACCAAUGGUGUGGACACUGUAAAGUGGUUGUUCUGGGUAACGGCGUGAGGAAAGCAGCCAAAGUUGAGCAUGGCAAAGCACAGCAGUCCCAGUUAAGUUCAGAUGGGAGUUUGGUGUUCUGUAGUCAUAGCUGUCUCAUUCUUCACUCAUCAUCCUCACAAUCCAACGGAAAUACAGAACCCAAGACAUCUGUUGCUCUGCUUUCUGAGAGCGCCUUGAAACAGAGUCCUUCCAAAGUCCAGCAUCAAUACAACAACAACAUGUCCUCACUUGAUGUUCACUGCCUGGGACAACUCCACCCUAAGCCGUCCUUCAUUCGCACAGUUUAUAACCCUACCGAGCCAACACAUGCGAUCAAGACCGAAUCCAAACCUGAAAGUAUAUCUGAAAGCCAUUUCAAAGUGACGGUCAAGCUAAAACCACGAUCGCUUAACCUCACUGAAGACAAACCGUGGCAUCACGGCAAGCGUUGGAAAGGGUUACGUUGGCGAAAAUGGACGGUACAGAUUGUGAUGCCGAAAUCAACAGCUCAAACAUCUGAAUCUGAGAUGGAAGAGUUCUUGCGACAACUGAACUCAUCCUUGCGGCCUUGCUCUACCAUCAGAGAUUACCGUCGCUGCUGUUUCUGCCAGCAGGUGGGCGAUGGGCUGACAGACGGUCCCGCCAGGCUCUUGAAUCUUGACUUGGACACCUGGGUGCACCUCAACUGUGCUCUAUGGUCCUCUGAGGUCUAUGAGACGCAAGCCGGUGCGCUGAUUAAUGUGGAGCUGGCGCGGCAGCGUGGGCAAACGGUGGUGUGCGCGUUUUGCCAGCGUUUAGGCGCAACAAGCGGCUGCCAUCGCCUGCGUUGCCUUAACAUCUACCACUUCACUUGUGCCCUGCAGGCUGGCUGUACGUUUUUUAAGGACAAGACGAUGCUGUGCCACCAGCACCGCCCGAGGGGAGCCGGCGCCGCCGCUGGCCUGCACUUAGAACAGCAGUUGCGCUGUUUCUCUGUGUUCCGCCGUGUAUUCGUACAGCGCGACGAACUGCGACAGCUGGCGGCAGCCGUGCAGCAGCCUGAGCGUGGCCACACCUUCCGCGUGGGUAGUUUGCUUUUUCAUACGAUGGGUCAGCUACCACAGGCCUUGCUGCCCACGUUCCAUUCAUCUACAGCCAUCUUUCCACCUGGCUAUGAGGCAAGCCGACUGUACUGGAGCAUGAGACACGGUCAGAAGCGCUGCCGAUACGUCUGCUCUGUGGAAGAGCAUGAGGGACGUCCGGAGUUCAGUAUCCGUGUCAUAGAGCAGGGGUAUGAAGAUCUGGUGCUCACUGACACCACCGCUAAAGGAGUCUGGAAUAAGGUUCUUGGGCCGGUGGCAGAGAGGCGGGCAGAGACGGGCAUGCUGAGACUCUUCCCCGUCUAUCUAAAGGGAGAGGAUUUGUUCGGACUCACCAUCUCAGCCGUUACCCGCAUUGCUGAAUCGCUGCCAGGUGUGGAGGCGUGCUCAAGAUACCGUUUUCGAUAUGGACGAAACUCCAUGCUGAUGCUGCCGCUGUCAAUCAAUCCAUCUGGCAGUGCACGUUCAGAGUUGCAGACCUUCCCCCAUUAUGAGAGAGUGAAGAUCCUCUCUGUGUGGAGCAGGACGUCUCACUGCAUCCAGAACACAGCCAUGGAGAGCAGAUCAUCUCACAGCAAGCACUUUGUGCACUCAAAGUCAUCUCAAUACCGUCGGCUGACCAGCGAGUGGAAGUCGAAUGUCUACCUGGCGCACUCGCGUAUCCAGGGUCUUGGACUGUUCGCGGCACGUGACAUUGAGAAACAGACCAUGGUGAUUGAAUACUUGGGGGAUGUUCUGCGAACUGAGGUGGCCAUGAGGAAGGAGCUGCUGUACAAGGCUAUGAACCGGCAAGCUUACAUGUUCCGCAUCAACAACGACCAAGUUAUCGAUGCAACCCGCUCUGGAAGCCCUGCGAGGUACAUUAAUCAUUCGUGUUCACCAAAUUGUGUGGCUGAGGUCGUCACGUUUGAGCGGGGCUACAAGAUUAUCAUCAACGCAGCUCGCAGGAUUGACAGGGGAGAAGAGCUCUGCUAUGAUUACAAGCUCGCCAUGGUUGAAGAUCAGAGCAAGAUCCCAUGUCACUGUGGAGCCGCCAACUGCCACAAAUGGAUAAACUGAACGUUCAAUCAAAACAAGAACUCCAUCCCACAACAUGGUGCCAAUUUUCCGUAGGAAAAGCGAGCUCCGAAAUCGGUCGGAAAAAAGCUAACACAGGAAGUGGUUUCGGUGGACGAUCUUUUUCUAACGUGCAAAACCGAGAGGAAAAACACAACGCGAGAAUACAGCAUUGUGUUAGAGCCAUUCUUAACGUUUUCUUGACUUGAAAGGAAAAGGUUUCCGUCAUGUGCAUGUGCCAUGAGGUGUGUUUGUGUGCGCGUGUGAGAGAAUUUAGGUUUGUACGAAUGCGUGUGUCACUUGGAACAGAUUUCACCAGCGAAUGAAGAAAGAGAGCGAGAGGGGGAGCACUGUGCCGGGCAAUGCCUUAUAGGUGGAAGAAGGGGGCAGACCCAUCUGUACGAUGCGAUCAGUAGAGACUGUACCGUAGAAAUCAAUGUAGAACAUCACUGAAUGGAGAAUGUACGGAAUUGACUUCCGCAAAAGGGAAAAAUAUGUUGCACUAAAAAAGAAAAAGAGAAAUACAAAAGAAAAUGAACUUAGAAAAAAUCUCAAAAAUACUUGAUUCCAUGAGUCAGUUUUAACCUAGAUAUCUCUCAUUGUUUAGUGUAAGAAAAUAAAGUUGUUUUGUAUUUAUUGCUGUGUGAGUGAAUGAAUGGGCCUAUUUUUAAAAGCGGUUUUAAUGCCGACGAAAAGGAAACCCGACUGCGAUUCUUGCACGCAGUUUGCGGUUCUGUUACAUCUGUAAAUAAUGUGUAAAUAUAGAGAAAUAUGGGAAUGAUUGACCAAAUACUACCUUAUUCACUAUCUUAUUCAUGUUGUUUAGAUAUUUUAGAUGUGCUUGUUUUGUUUGGCUUUUUCUUCUUUCUUUUCCUCAAAAUUAUUUAACAAAGACACACCAUGAUACCCCUUUCAGAGGACAUGUGUAAUUAUGAUAUUGUACAGAAUUACAAAGGUAAUUUCAGUAAUUCACAAGAAAAGUAUUUUCUCUGUGCUUAGAAUGUGGUAUUGUAGUGACUUUGUGCUUUCUACAUUAUUGCUUGGUUUUUCAUUUCAUUUUAUGUUACAGACGAUCACAUUUGCCAGAGAAUUAAAAAUAAGUUUCAUUUUAGUAAAUCAGGUUGGAAUAUAGAUGUAGGAUAACUGUGAAAUGAACUUCAAACCUCACAAACCGAAUAUUAAUUCACGUGCGUUAAGUAAACAGGCAUAAGCAGAGGUCGCUUGUUUUUUCUGAAGGGUAUCGUGUGGAUGUGAUAAACAAGUGACAUUUGAGCAUCAGGAACGUUCUCAGAAUGAUACGUCUCAUGCUUGUUAAAGACAUUAUGAGUGGGGAUGGGGUGGGCUGUAAUUCUCUGAAAAAUAUGUAGAUAUGAAACAUAUGCUUGUAUUAGUUUUAUUGAUUGAAGUGGAGCAUCUGUUAAGAGAACGCUAUUCAUUUUGUAGCCAAAAACUGUUUUUCACGUUUCACAUGCCUUGUUGUUUCAGAUUUGAGAGUUUUUGUGUGCACAAUUUCACGUCGAAAAAUGGACAGUUUAGACUUUGUAUUGUACUGGGCAUGAAUUUUUUCAAAAGAGUCAGUUGUAUAUAUUUUUUUCUCAAUGAACAGCUGUAACAAAAUUGUUUCAUGGAUAUUUUCCUUGUCUUGUAAAAUACAUCAAUUUCCUAGUGUUUUUUUUUUUUUCUUUUGCUCUGUAUAGUAGUCUAAAUUGUUUUGAAACGGAAGCUUUUUUGAAGUACACAGAGCGAUAUAGGGUUUGGUAUUUGAGGAACUAAAUUUACAUUUACAAAAAAAUAAUAAAAUAUUUUACAUCAUUAA